AUGGAGGGAAGACCAGUCGAUUGUAAUAUUGAAGCGGCUGAUGAUAUUACGUGCAAACUGGGGCAGAUUAUCCCUCCAUUCAUGAAUCUAGUCACUGAGAUAAAUGUGGCAGAUGAUGUCUGUUUUAUCUUAUUUGUGGAAAAAUCUCCUACUUUUCUAGAACUGACACUAGAAAACUUCCACAAUAAAUAUCAUUGUAUCAUUAUUACCGGAACGGGCCACGCUGAUGUUGUAUCCAGACAACUCACGAAAAUACUAAUGGAUGAUUUCAAGCUACCAGCGUUCUGCCUUGUAGAUUGUGAUCCAUGGGGCAUUGAGAUUUCAGCUAUUAUCAGGCACGGCUCGGUGAAUAUGGCGUAUGACAGUAAAAAUUUAGCCAGCCCCUUGAUGUAUUGGUUAGGUAUUUGGCCAAGUGAUUUGGAAAAUCUUAAUAUACCUUCAGAGACUUUCACUAAGAAAGAUUUGAAGAAAUUAGAGGAUUUGAUGGAGAAAGAAUUUUUUGAUGACGAUAAGACGUUGAAAAAGGAGCUGAAUUAUAUGAUUCGAUCUACACCAAAAGAAGGUAGAGCUUGA